ACGAUGAUCCCUCUCCUAAUCUCUCACGUUUUUGAGACGCUGCCAUCCACGACGCGGUCAUUCUUUUGAGGCGCUACAUGCAAACUCUCUCUCCCUCUCUCUCUGUAAUGAAAUUUCUAUUUUUUUGGUCUCUCUCUGGCUCUGUUAAUUGGCUUGGGCUUAUGCAAGAUUAACAGAAUGGCAACAUGAUAUUGGGGUCAACUUUAGCUUUGUGUUUUUUCAUGAAGUGAAGGAUGCAUUCUGUAAAUUGAUUGAUUACCUGGACCUCGCCACCUUGCAUGGAAGAGGCAACGCAUCCCACUCCAUUUUCUCGACACAUCGCAUGGCAAACAAAAAAGAGGUGCCAUGAAUGCAGAUAUCACCAUAUCCAAAAGCAAGCUGUGCUGCUGCCCUUCCUUCUACUCGCUUUUGGAUAAGCGCAGCUACCAAAAUCCUCCUCCCACAAUGGUUGCUUGCCCAAUAUAAAUUUCACGUUCCGAACGUUUUCAUCUCAGAUUACACAGCUUGCUUCUAUUUCAGUUGCUGAGGGAACUCAAGAUCGCAAGCGUAUGGGGUCUCUAAUGGCUGGUUGGGAUUCGUCUGCUCAUCAUGAUCCUAAAGCAGCUUCUUACAAGAGGAACAGAUCCUUCACCAAAGGAGAGAUAGAAGCUUACUGGAAAUCAAAGAAAAAAACAGAGGAAGAUCACUUAAGAGCCAUUUCCCGUUCACAGUCGGAGACUCUGGAAGCUACAUCGAAGAAGGGAGCCGCGGCCACCUUUCAAAGAUCCAGUACUUUUCCUAUAACAAAGAGAAUGCAGGACUUACUCAAGUCUGAACCCCUCCCUGGAAUGGAGGACCUAACGAAGCAGAGCGGUUGGUGGACAAGAAGCUGCUGGGCAUUCCUGAACGAGCCUCCAGUGAUCCCCUUCGAUGAGUCCACCUCCUACGUAUGUCGUCAAGGCAUCAACUCGCGUGUGACUCCCCACACAAUCGAGAACCCCAAGCCAGACGCCCAGGCUUGCUAGAGAAUCUUCUUCUUUCUUUUACUUGUAGAUAUGUUCAUAGGCUUUCUGCGUGUACGAACGUGUGCUCCAUGUCUGUAUGGCAGGGAAGAUUGUGUGCCUAAAAACCGGUUUGCAGCAUGUAUAAUUCUAACAGCAGGCAGUUGAUGGAUUAUGUAUAACAAGUUCCUUCCUAGUUUCUUUUAUUUGUC